AUGAUAUUGAAAAUUGAUUGCUCCCAAAAUUCUGUUUUGUGGAAUUCACGUAUAUUUUCGAAGAAAAUAGUGAGCGUACGUUUUCAGUUCGAGCAACGAGGAUUAAAUAAUGGUGAAAAUAUUAUUUUAGCUGCAUUUAAUCGUGCAAAAGAACUAGUUAGUAAUUUGAAUAUAUUACCUUCAUUAAAGAAAUGCAAUGCUUGUGAACUUAAUAGUUUAAGUAAAAAUAUAUUUGAUAGUAUUAGAUUCAACAUUAAUUCGGAUACUUAUUCGGCAACGGAUGCAGAUUCUUCAUCAGAUUCUGAAUCUGAUUAUGAUGAUGAAACAAUGGAAAGUAAUGAGUUUAAUAGUGAUCUAAUCAAUGUGGAUGAAGAAGAUAAAGAUGCGGCAACGACACAAAGUGUUGAUGAAAUUAAAACUGAGAAAAUAAAUUUUACUGGUAUGCGUAUAUUUGAUUCGAUCAAUCCAGCAAUGAAAAACUCCUAUUUUCAAGUGCAAAUAAAUAACAAGACUAAAUUUAUACACAAGCAAACGGCUUGUUGGUUAUUAACUGACAAAGCUAGCCGUUUAUCGGCUGAUAGAUUAUCACGAGUGAUAGAAACAAACAAAAAGGAUUAA